GAGAAAGAAGAGGCUAGAUCUGAGGCUCCUGCGGUGAGGACCCGGGCCUGGCAGAGCCCCGCGGGGCACAGUCGGGGCGGGGCCCGGCAAAGCAACCACGGCCCCUCACUGAUGGGCUUACGAAGCGGGGAUCUUUCGGUCCCGGGCAGCCCCUCUGCCUCCUGAAGCACUGAGCCUGGAUGGCACCAGCACCCAGCUGGCAGGACGCCCUCCGACUCGAGAAGAUGGCUGAUCCUUGGCAGAAAUGCAUGGAUUAUGCAGUAAUCCUAGCAAGACAAGCUGGAGAGAUGGUUCAUGAUGCUCUUAAAGCUGGAAUGAAUGUUUUGCUGAAAAGUUUUCUAGCUGAUCUGGUAACUGCUACUGACCAAAAAGUUGAAAAAAUGUUUAUCUCUUCCAUAAAGGAAAAGCAUCCAUCUCACAGUUUCAUUGGUGAGGAAUCUGUGGCAGCCAGGGAGAAAAGUGUCUUAACUGACAACCCCACAUGGAUCGUUGACCCUAUUGAUGGAACAACUAAGUUUGUACAUAAAUAUCCUUUUGUAGCUGUUUCGAUUGGCUUUGUUGUAAAUAAGAAGAUAGAAUUUGGAGUUGUAUACAGUUGUGUGGAAGAUAAGAUGUACAUUGCCAGGAGAGGAAAAGGUGCCUUUUGUAACAGUAAAAAACUACAUGUUUCACAACAAGAAGGCAGUUUUGAAUGUGGAGUGGAAAUAGGGAAAGCAAAUGUAAUUGGGCAAACACUUCAGGCUCAGCAUUGGAUUUGGUGA